UGCAGACAGUUUAACUGCUGUGAUUUAAAAAAAAGAAAUAAUCUACAGAGAAAUUAUACUAUCAAUGCAAAAAAGAGAAGCACCCGGUCUGCUUGUGACAGUUAGUGGAAGGUACUUACAUAAUGAGGUGGCUGAAUACAGUACUAAACACUCCUUGCGUGAUGUAAAAAGCCAGUUGCAAAAGCCAUCAAAAGAUCAGCAACUUAUGCAGACAGCUACUUGCUAAAUAGCUAUUUAUAUUAAACCAUAUUUAAUUUCCACUUUUUUAAAAAAAAAAUCUCGAAGCAGAUGCUGGACUGUAGAACAUGUUAACUUUCACUCUUAAAACAUUUGUUUUUUAGUGCAUGAGUAAAUUUGUGCCUUGCCUUUUCUUCUAUGAAAACUCUUUUUAAAAAAAUAUCCUAGAAUUCCUUUAUUUAUGAGCAGUUCACAUUAUUAGGAAUCUUUACAUCGGCUCUGGGGAGCAGACCAUUAUUACACCAUAUUUAUAUUAUCUUCAUAGUUUGUCUAGUAAUUUUAAAGUGUACUAUGCCUACAACACAAUCAAUUGUUUAGCUCUCAGUGCUGGUGGAUGUUGUCCAUUAUUUCAGACAACAAAUAAAGUGAAUGUAGUAAAUCAGAUAACUAGAGAAAGUGAAACAAGUCAGAGAACACAAGUCAAGAGGAGUUAUAGCACACAUUCUCACUCUCUCUCCCAUUCGUGUGUGUGUGUGUGUGUGUGUGUAUGCAUGCAAACAUAGCAGCUCCACUUUCUCAGUCUAAAAAUAUACACACUGCUGCAGCAUGCUCAGCCUGGACAUGCCCACUUUUUCUUUUGAGACUUCCCAGUUUGCCAAACAGACAGGAAUCUAUUUGGCUAUAGUUAAGGACAGACUUAGGAACAUAGGAAGCUGCCAUAUACUGAGUCAGACUAUUGGUCUAUCUAGCUCAGUAUUGUCUUCACAGACUGACAGCGGCUUCUCCAAGGCUGCAAGCAGGAAUUUCUCCCAGCCCUAUUGUCCCAGAAGCCAGGGAGGGAACUUGAAACCUUCUGCUCUUCCCAGAGUGGCCCCACCCCCUGAGGGGAAUAUCUUGCAGUGCUCACACAUCAAGUCUCCCAUUCAUAUGCAACUAGGGCAGACCCUGCUUAGCUAAGGGGACAAGUCAUGCUUGCUACCGCAAGAUUUUGAAGCCUCGUCAUUACUGCAGGAAUUCAUGAUGGGUUUUUACCAAACCACCUGAAGUUUCGCAAAGAGGAGGUGGCUUCAUUGCUGACCAAGGGACUGGACAACCAAUGUUGUGCACAGAUCUACUCUGAAAAAGAGGAAGGUGGCUCAUAACUGGCCCAAACCCCAGACGUUCAGUGCUGUGCACAUCAGAAUCUGCCACAAUGUCUUCGAUCAAGAUUGAGUCUGUUGUGAAGGAGAAGAACAGAAUGGGAGAAUGCCCUGUAUGGGAGGAAAGGGAGAAUUCCCUUGUAUAUGUGGAUAUCAAUUCACAAAAGGUUUGCCGCUGGAACUCUAUCACCAAUCAAGUCCAGUGUGUGCCCGUGGAUGCUCGUGUAGGCGCAGUGGCCCUUCACCAGUGUGGAAGCUAUGUGAUUGCUCUAGGAACCAGGUUUGCCUUCUUGAACUGGGAAGAUCAGACAGUUGUUAAUAUUACUGAGUUGGAAUUAGAUAAACCAAACAACAGAUUUAAUGAUGGAAAAGUGGACCCCAAAGGGAGGUUUUUUGCAGGUACCAUGGCUGAAGAGACAGCACCUGGCGUGAGAGCCAGGCACCAGGGUGCUCUGUAUACUCUCUUUCCCAACCAUUGUGUCAUGAAGCAGUUAGAGCAUGUGGGCAUCUCCAAUGGUCUGGAUUGGUCGCUGGAUCACAGAACAUUCUUCUACAUUGAUAGCCUGGAAUACGCGGUGCAUGCCUACAACUAUGAUGUGUGCACUGGAAAAAUUGAUUGUUGCAGGACUGUAUACAAGAUGGAAAAAGAAGAAGCUAUGCCUGAUGGGAUGUGUAUUGAUGUGGAAGGGAAACUCUGGGUAGCCUGUAUUGAUGGAGGGCGAGUCAUCCGUAUUGACCCUGAAACAGGAAAAAGAAUUCAAACAGUGCAGAUGCCCGCUUCCAGGAUUACGUCUUGCAGCUUUGGAGGGAAAGACUAUUCAGAAAUGUAUGUCACUUCUGCCACGGAUGGACUGGAUGCAGCAGCUUUAGCCAAAGAGCCACAGGCUGGGGAGAUUUUCAAGGUAACAGGACUGGGGGUGAAAGGGAUCCCACAGUAUUACUUCGCAGGUUAAGUGGACAUAUUGCAUGAUAGAUGUACACUCCAGAUGGAAGCCACGGUGAAAGAGAAAAGAUGCGUGGAUUGCAAACGUCACACCUACAUGAAAUUGACUUGCAUUUGAAAACUGCACAUAUUGCCUUUACAUUUUAGUGCUCUGUAACUGUUUGGUUCUAUUUGCUUUGGGGGGGGGGCUCUAUAAAAUGCUGCUUGUUUUCUGUAAUGGUGUAAAUAACAGCUGGGUGGGUGUGAUUUUCAUUAGGAAAAAACUGCUGGGUAGGGUUAUAUCCCUUCUGCCAGAGCCACUGUCCCAAUCUGAAUUCCAUCCCUCUGCCUUGACAAGUCAGGAGAUCUCAACUAGUGGUGUGCAUGGACCAUCGGUGGCAGUUCGGUCUGAAUUUGGAGCGAACCACUGCUCCCCGAACCAGUUCAUUUAAGCUGAUGAACCGGCUUGGAUCAGUUUGAAGUGGUUUGUGAGCAUACCACUCAAAAUGACCCAGUUUGCAGUGGACUGGCUUGAUCACGAACUGGUCCAUGAACACCUGUGUUCCCAACCUGUGGUAGGGAUGUGCACACUCCCUGGAGGUAGGGGAGCAUUUAAGGGGCAGGGAGGGUGCUCUUACCUGUCCAGAGGCUCCCUGCCGCCAGCACU